GGUCUAUGCGACAGUGCGCGUAACGGUACGGUGUCUGGUGCGGUACGCGCGCGCGACCACAAUAUAUUCAAUAUAUUAUUCAAUAUAUAUACUUGGCGCCAUCAUGGCCAUGCAAUGCCGUCGCAAUCACCAGUCGUGCGCGCGCAUGGCUAGCGCUGCUUCCGGUGCGUCAAGAUUCUUCAAAGACAGCAUGCAGACAAACAGGGCAGCAGAGAGUCGGAUGCGGUAGUCAGCUUGCAUGCAUAGCCCAACCUGCAAGCUUCAAGUCGAUGUGGAGGAAAGAUUGAUUUCUAAGCUGUGCAGCAGCCUGCUGCACGGAGACUCCGCGCGAGAGGUCAGUCGGAGCGCUGAUGUCGGGCAGGACUUCUUCUAUGUAGCCGCGCUCACCCACCCUCGAAUCCUCGACUAUUCUUCAUCUGCAAGCAGCCUGACAGCGACUGUUCCACGACCAGGUGUUCAGCUGACCCAACCGUCGAGCGUGUCUCGCGAUGUCCGAUGGCGGGCAGCCAGACCCGGAGGAAGCAGCCCAGACACCCACUCCUGGGACGUUCGCAACAGCUCAUUCUCCGACUCUAGAUGAGUUGCUUUCGCCCGUGGAAGCGACAGGCCACUUCCCCAUUCGCGACUCUGUCGCAGCCUCCGACGUGGCGGAUGACGAGAAUCGCUUCUCCACCGUUGCCCUCAGCAGCGCCCGCCAGAGCUUCGAGUCUGCACGGAUAUCCCUCCGUUCCGACGAGGGCAAGGAACAUGACGACCGUAGGGAUACAAUCGCAUUCAACUCGGCGGAAGCGACCACGCCGCUCGUGAAGCACGCCAAAUCGCCGUCCGCGACGACCGUCCUCUCGGCGCACAAUGUACCCUACAUGUCUCGGCUGGACCAGGAAGAGGAGAAUGGUGGAGAUGAGGCAGCCUCGAAGAGGAGUAGUGCAUCGAGCCAGAAGGUGCAAGAGGAUUUUGCGCGCAAGCAGCGGGAUCUGCAGCAGCAGGAGCGUCAAGAAGAAGAGAAUUCAGUGGAUUGGGACUUCUGGGGUAAUGUUGUGUCGGAUUACCAGAAGUUCGCCUCUGAGCACCCCGAGGAGCUCGCUGCAGCCAUUGGCCAUGGUAUCCCGAAGACCAUACGGGGGAUGAUGUGGCAAUUAAUGACUGCAUCCAAAGACUCGGAGCUUGAAAACACAUAUGUUCGUCUCUUGAAGGAGACGAGCCCGCACGAAAAGGCUAUCACUCGAGACCUUGGAAGAACAUUCCCGCACCAUGCAUUCUUCACUGACGGUCGUGGCAUCGGUCAGGAGAACCUCUUCAAUGUACUAAAGGCAUAUUCACUGUACGAUACGCAAGUUGGCUAUUGCCAAGGGCUGCCUUUCGUAGCCGCUGUACUCCUCUUGCAUAUGCCAGAUGAGGAGGCGUUCUGUCUACUAGUCAGGCUCAUGUAUUCUUACGACUUGAGAGGGCAUUUCUUGCCUGAGAUGCCUAAACUGCAGUUGCGCCUCUUCCAGUUCGAGAAACUCAUUGAGGAAAUGGCACCGGUGCUGCACUUCCAUUUCUUAAGGCAGAACAUCAAGUCAAGUAUGUACGCAUCGCAGUGGUUCUUGACGAUGUUCAGCUAUCGCUUCCCCAUGGACGUCGUCUUCCGAAUAUUCGACAACGUAUUCGCAAGCGGCAUCGAAGCGCUCUUCUCGUUCAGCCUUGUUCUGCUAUUGAGGAACGAGGAAGCACUGCUUGAGCACAAAUUCGACCAGCUCGUAUCAUUCCUCAACGUGAAGGUUUUCGACAUAUACAAGAUAGAUCCACCGACUGAAGAUGCCGAGUCGAACAAGGAGAAGAGGGACGCGAAAUACGACGUCGAUCGAUUCGUGGAAGAUGCGUUUGGGCUGAAAAUUAGCUCGUUCAUGUUGGACUCGUACGCGGAGGAGUACGAGGAACUGGUCCGGACGCGAAAUCAACAUGCUAUAGAGAUGGACGCGUUACGCAACAGCAAUCGGAAUCUAUCCGCACAAGUUAAGCAAAUGGAGUCCAGUCUCGCGCAGUUGAAUACGGAGCACUGCGACUUGCUGACUGAGCUUGUGAAAGCGCGCCUGAAACACGAAGAGCUCGAGUCCGAGCUCGUUCGGUAUAAAUUGCUGUAUGCCGAGGCCAUGCAUCAAAGCGAAGACGCCAUGUCGUCGCAUCGAAUAUCCCUCGCCAUGAGCAAGAGAAGUAGCUCAAAUGGCGGCUGACUCUCCACCCGUCCGAUCGUUAGGUAAUGUUCGCCAUGUUUUGUACUCGCAAUCAUCAUUCCCGUAUCUUGCUGUAACACUGGAAGUCUGUACUCUGCAUCUGUUAACUAAAUCAUAUUAGACGAAUUAUUGGG